CCAGAAAGCAUAUUCUCUUGCCAACUAAAUUUAAGAAGCCAUUGGUAAAGAAUUGGAACAAAUAUUAUGCGGAAUAUCGAAGUAUUGAACAAUUACUCGAAAUUAAUCAAGAAUAUUCUUUACGAACUGGAACCAGCAUAAGUGACUAUUACUUUAUUGCUAUUGAUUUAGAUGACUUAUGA